AGGCCAGCCCGAAUAACCAGCACAGCAAAUCCGGGUCGGAUCUCGGGUCGGAUCAGCACCAAUAAUUCUCGAUUCUCGGAAGGGCCGACGAUCGUUAUGAGGAGGAAACAGAGACGAACAUCGCAUGAAGAAGAAUUCCCAAAUAAUCAACGAUUCAUUUCGCAAUUUACGUUGAGUCAAUUCCACUUUUUCACCAAAAUCGUGAGAACUCUUAAUGUGGUUUUUGGUGCUAUCCUGAAUUGGUGUCGGUUGCUUAAGAUGUUGGGAUGUAAAUGUUUGUCAUGGACCAAUGUCACCGAUCUCACUCAACCCAAACCCGAAUUCUUCUCUCUGCCUGAACCCCUUCCACAAUGGCCCCAAGGUUGUGGAUUCGCUACCUCAAGGAUUGAAUUAGGAGGAUUAGAGGUUUGCCAAAUAACUAACUUUGAGUUUAUUUGGUGUUCCAACCCUUCCACGGAUGGGAAACAAAGCAUUAGCUUUUAUAAACCAAUUUUAAUCCCUGAUGGAUUUUAUUGUCUUGGUCACUAUUGUCAACCAGAUAAAAAGCCUUUGCGAGGCUUUGUUCUUGUGGCUAGGGAAGCAGCUGGUCGACAUGAUCAUUCGACUGACCACAUGCCAUCCCUUGUGGAUCCUGUGGAUUAUUCAUUGGUAUGGAGUUCAUACGAUGGAGGAGAUGAGAACUUUGAUGGAUGUGGUUACUUCUGGUUACCACAGCCGCCAGAGGGUUAUAAAUCGUUGGGAUUUGUGGUGACCAACAAGUCAAAGAAACCAGAGACGAAUGAGGUGAAAUGUGUUCGUGCUGACCUAACUGAUACAUGUGAGGCUUGUCCCUUGAUAGCAUGCACGUAUUCCAAGUUUUUGAAAGUCCCUCUUACUGUUUGGAAUGCAAGGCCUCUAAAUCGUGGAAUUUAUGGACGAGGUGUAUCCACGGGUACUUUCUAUUGCAGGGCAUUGUGUAGUAACUGUAGUUUAGGGGAAGAGCUUGAUAUUGCAUGCUUGAAGAACUUGGAUCCUAAUUUACAUGCAAUGCCCAACAUGGAUCAAAUUCAUGCAAUCGUCGAGCAUUAUGGACCUACUGUUUUCUUUCACCCUAAUGAGGUCUAUCUGCCAUCUUCAGUCUCAUGGUUCUUCCAAAAUGGAGCACUCUUGUAUAGUACGGGUGAGUCCAUGCAGGCCAUUGACGCUGAAGGUUCCGUUCUUCCCUAUGGUGGGUCAGAUGAUGGACAUUAUUGGAUAGAUUUGCCCUGUGAUGGUAGGAGGGAGAAACUUAAGCAUGGGAACAUAGAAAGUGCCAUUCUUUAUCUACAUGUUAAACCAGCGUUUGGAGGGACUUUCACGGAUAUUGUAAUGUGGGUUUUUUGCCCUUUCAACGGGCCGGGCACAUUGAAGAUUGGGAAGAUGAGCAUUGGCCUCAGCAAGGUUGGUCGUCAUGUAGGUGACUGGGAGCACUUCACUCUUCGGAUAAGCAAUUUCACCGGGGAGCUGUGGAGCAUAUACUUUUCCCAGCAUAGUGGAGGUGAAUGGGUAGAUGCUUAUGAUUUGGAGUUUAAUGAGGGGAACAAAGCCAUCAUUUAUUCUUCAAGAAAUGGUCAUGCUAGCUAUCCUUACCCAGGAACCUACAUCCAGGGCAAUCCAAAACUCAGGAUUGGAGCGAGGAACGAUGCUGCUAGAAGUGACUAUUUCAUUGAUUCUAGUAGGCAAUAUGAAGUCGUUGCAGCUGAGUAUCUUGGAGAUGUAGUUAAAGAACCUUGUUGGUUACAAUAUAUGAGGAAGUGGGGGCCAAGAAUUGUCUAUGAUUCCAAAUCUGAGUUGGAUAAGAUUGUCAAACGCUUGCCCCCCUUGUUCAGGAAUUCUAUGAACAACAUUCUCAGCAAGUUGCCGUUGGAGCUCUAUGGCGAAGAUGGUCCCACUGGUCCUAAGGAGAAGAACAAUUGGUUUGGAGAUGAAAGAUGGUAACCUUAAACCAAGACUCUCAAAAUCUUGUUGUCAUGACUAAUAUAAUCUGUAAUAUAGGUUGUUGACAUAAUUAUCAGUUAUCAAUUUAAGAAAGUUAUCACAACUUUCACCUUU